CCACUCCUUUCCUCACAAAUCUCAAACCCUAGCCUCUCUCUCUCUCACACGCCGCAUUCUCUCUCCUUUUUCGAAGCUCUAGGUUCGCAGCAAUGGCCGCGAAAGGCGAUGGCCCUGCGAUCGGAAUCGAUCUCGGCACCACCUACUCCUGCGUUGGUGUGUGGCAACACGAUCGCGUUGAGAUCAUCGCCAACGACCAAGGGAACAGGACGACGCCGUCUUAUGUGGCUUUCACUGACACUGAGCGUUUGAUCGGUGAUGCGGCUAAGAACCAGGUCGCCAUGAACCCCAUCAACACUGUCUUCGAUGCCAAGCGUCUGAUUGGUAGGAGAUUCAGUGAUGCCUCUGUCCAGAGUGACAUGAAGCUAUGGCCAUUCAAGGUCAUUCCAGGACCUGGUGACAAGCCCAUGAUUAUUGUCAACUACAAGGGUGAGGACAAGCAGUUUGCUGCUGAGGAAAUCUCUUCCAUGGUCCUUAUUAAGAUGCGGGAGAUUGCUGAGGCCUAUCUUGGUGCUACAAUUAAGAAUGCUGUUGUGACUGUACCUGCCUACUUCAACGACUCUCAGCGUCAGGCCACAAAGGAUGCUGGAGUCAUUGCUGGUCUCAAUGUGAUGCGUAUCAUCAAUGAGCCCACUGCUGCAGCCAUUGCUUAUGGUCUUGACAAGAAGGCAACCAGCGUUGGUGAGAAGAAUGUUUUGAUUUUCGAUCUUGGUGGUGGUACUUUUGAUGUCUCUCUUCUUACCAUUGAAGAGGGUAUCUUUGAAGUGAAGGCCACAGCUGGUGACACUCAUCUUGGAGGUGAGGACUUUGAUAACAGAAUGGUGAACCACUUCGUUCAGGAGUUCAAGAGGAAGAACAAGAAGGAUAUUAUCGGAAACCCCAGAGCCCUUAGGAGGUUGAGGACUGCCUGUGAGAGGGCGAAGAGGACACUAUCAUCCACUGCUCAGACCACCAUUGAGAUUGACUCAUUGUAUGAGGGUAUUGACUUUUAUUCAACCAUUACUCGUGCUAGGUUUGAGGAGCUCAAUAUGGAUCUUUUUAGAAAGUGUAUGGAGCCCGUUGAGAAGUGUUUGAGGGAUGCUAAGAUGGACAAGAGCACCAUCCAUGAUGUUGUCCUUGUUGGAGGUUCUACUAGGAUUCCCAAGGUGCAGCAGCUGUUGCAGGACUUCUUUAAUGGUAAGGAGCUUUGCAAGAGUAUUAACCCAGAUGAAGCUGUCGCCUAUGGUGCUGCUGUCCAGGCUGCUAUCUUGACUGGUGAGGGUAACGAGAAGGUUCAGGAUCUUUUGCUAUUGGAUGUCACCCCCCUAUCACUUGGGUUGGAGACUGCUGGAGGUGUGAUGACUGUCUUGAUUCCAAGAAAUACCACCAUCCCCACCAAGAAGGAGCAGGUGUUCUCCACCUACUCUGACAACCAACCUGGUGUCUUGAUCCAGGUUUAUGAGGGUGAGAGGACAAGAACAAGGGAUAACAACUUGCUCGGGAAAUUCGAGCUUUCUGGAAUUCCUCCAGCACCCAGGGGUGUUCCUCAGAUUACCGUCUGCUUUGACAUUGAUGCUAAUGGUAUUUUGAAUGUCUCCGCCGAGGAUAAGACCACCGGCCAGAAGAAUAAGAUCACAAUCACAAAUGACAAGGGAAGGUUGUCCAAGGAUGAAAUUGAGAAGAUGGUUCAGGAGGCCGAGAAGUACAAGGCUGAGGAUGAGGAGCACAAGAAGAAGAUUGAGGCCAAGAAUGCUUUGGAAAACUAUGCUUACAACAUGAGGAACACCAUUAAUGACGAAAAGAUUAGCUCCAAGAUUGGUGCCGAUGAGAAGAAGAAGAUUGAGGAUGCAAUUGAUCAAGCCAUCCAAUGGCUUGAUGGCAACCAGCUUGCAGAGGCAGAUGAGUUCGAGGACAAGAUGAAGGAGCUUGAAAGUAUCUGCAACCCCAUCAUUGCUAAGAUGUAUCAGGGUGCUGGGCCUGACAUGGCUGGUGGCAUGGAUGAUGAUGCUCCCCCUCCUGCUGGUGGCAGUGGUGCUGGUCCUAAGAUUGAGGAGGUCGACUAAAUGCAUUGUUCUACCUCUUAAUUUGAUGAAACAUCUGGUUCUAUUUAUUUAGCUUUUAUUGAAUUUAGUUUUCAAACAUUUUAGUAUAUUAGGAUAGCUCUAAAUUUUUGUUUCAGCGGAUUUUUAAUUGGUUUUUCCCAUAAUCUCCUUAUAUGGGAUUCAUGGUAUACACUGGAAGGCAGUGUCUUUUUGUUUUGGAAUUCUAUAUUUUGUUUUAUCA